AUGAAAACAGAUUCUAAACAACAGGCACAAAUUGCUUUUCCUGGACUAACGCAAAAGAAUACUUCGGCAGAAACCAAAGCUUUGGAACAUACCAAACAAGUAUUUUCACAAUAUGAGCAAUCUGCUGAAGAAAAUAAAGUUAAGGUUGCAGAUAACGAUCAAAAAACUAAUGAAAAAGUAUUUAAGAAACAGCCAAGGCUUAGAAACCAAGGGUUAGUAGAAUCAUAUGAAGUUCCUGGUAACCUCCGUGGUAGUGAGAAAAUGACUGAUACCAAAGAAUUUUAUAAAGGAUAUUCUUGUAAAAACGCAAAUCAUUGUUCAUUUAGUGGAUUUUUAGAGUUUUACCAAGAAAUAAUCAUAAAUUCUCCACCGGAUACUGAUGACUGGGCUGGGUUAGAAGCAACAUGGAAAAGAAGGUUUUUAAGGGCUGUAAAGGAGAUAUUUCCAGAUGGAUAUGGUGAUGAUAUUUAUGUAAAGGUUCGAUAUUUGUUGGAAAAUUUUCUUAGUAUAAGCAAAAGGGGGCUCCUGGUUGAUCGUUGUCUUGAUCAGGGGUAUUCGGUCGACGUCCCGGCCCAAGUGAUUGUGGUGCAAUCAGAAGCGUCAAACAGUUCUUAUUGGCAAAAAAUUAUUAAUGAGAAAAAACAAGUUUCUAUAAUGAAUAAUCAUAUAUAUGGGAGUCUAAGUAUAUUGGAUGUAUCAGCUAAAUAUAAUACGGAAAUUAUUGCUUCAAAGAUUUUAAAACGUCAAGGUCAAGAACAGACGCUACAAAAUGAUCCUGGUGAAACAGAAGAAUAUGAAUUUGAGGAGAUAGGCAAAGGCUAUAAGACUCCGCAAGAUAAGAUAGACGAUGAUUGUAUAUUAAGAGCUGCUGCUGAAAGCUUAGUAAAUUUGGAUGAUGCAAAUGAUUCAAAGUAUUUCAAGGAAUUUAUUCCUCUUUUCUAUAAAUAUAAGGAAACACAAGAUAAAGAUCCAUAUUCAUACGCAAAUGACGAUGUUAUGGACAUUCGUGGUGACAGUGGAUUUUCUAAAUUUUUGUCAUUGGAUCAAUAUAUCAAACUUAUGUCUGUUAAACCAAGGAGAAAAGCAGUGCUUCCUAAAUGUUGGCAACAAAUUUUAGAUGAUUACUUUUCGCAACCAAAGAUCUUUAUUUUAAUCAAAGAUGGUGAUAGUAAUGAAGCUACUCAAUUUAAAAAUUAUCUCUACAAACCUUUACCAGAUAUUAGUGCGUUACGAACAUCAGAACAUCAUUAUUGGUCUGAAUUUGGACAUCGGUUUUUUUCCAAAGCAUUACAAGAUUUUGUAAAUUUGGAUUGGAGAAUUUUAGAAGUUCCAGUAUAUGCUUUUAAAUAUCGAAAAAAUUAUGGAAUAAAUCACAUUUUUCAGAAAGUCGUUGAUGGAAAGUCAGCUGAUAUUUUAGCAUGGACUUGGGAUUCAGGAGAAGAAGUAUUUGUAGGUGAACAAGCUGGCCCACCAACUGUGCAAGAUUUAACGAAAUAUGCUUUCGAUUCGUUUAAAUUAUAUAGAGAAUUGAGAGAUUGUUUAAAUGUAAGAAUAUUAUGA